AUGGUUUCGCACAAAAAGCUCGCAGAGAACCUGAGGGCCUGGCCGGCGAGGAGGCGCAAGGCUUUGCAGAGCUCUUUGGAGCCGCGACCUGAGCUGAGCUGGGGGCCUGCAGCCGCUCAGGAUGUCGCGCUCAAGCAGUUUGACUCCCCAGAUCUCUUCCCGAAGUUCGCCUUGUAUGCCGCACGCGACGCGGUCUACACCUACAAGCUCUUCCAUCUUCUUCGUGAGACCUUGCACCAAACGCCGUGGAACAGCGAGGCCCAACGGCGCGACGUCGCGGAGCUCCUGCUGGACGAUCAGGUGGCAGAGGAGCUCCGGCGCUCGCAGAGGAAGCACACAUUCUUCACCAUGCCGCGGCAGGGGAAUGCCGAGGCCGAAGCCCGAGGCGCUGCUGGUACUUCGGGCUCCGUGCAGCUGAGCACAGGGAAAACCAUGUGGGAUUUCUACAACGAGCACCUCUCCUCACGCUUCUCAGAGUGCUUGGUCAACAUGCAGGAACGAGGGAUCUUGCUGGACAGCACCAGCCUGCAGCGCAUCGAGCACGACGCCAGCGCUGACUUCCAAAGGUUGCGGCAACGCUUCCAGGAGCUCCUCCGCGAGAUCCGGGAUCCCCAGGGCCACUGUUUGAACCCCGAUGCGCUGUAUGACCUCGGCGCCGGGCCUAGCCAUCCGACCGCCAUGCGAGCCGUCCUUGGAGCGCUCCUGUCUCGGGCCGCGUGGGGCUCCGAUUUGGCCUACGUGGUGCGGCCCGAGGGAUGUGCCUAUGACAGGUGGACGGACCCCUGUCGUGGGGGCGCUUCGUGCCAAACGUUGGCGGAGGCUGGUCUCACCUGUAGUGGGAUCAUGGACAUCGACGGAUGUGACACCGCUUGCAGCUACCCCUGCUGCGUGGCGACCACCACCCUCACGCACACGGAGACGAUGACCCAUACGACGGCGACCGCCACCGCCACGCACACGGAGACCGUGACCACCGCGACGAUCACCGCCACGCUCACCGACACAGCCACGGCCACAAGCACGGAGACCGUCGUGGAAACCACGGCAGUUGUGGCCACCACGGAGACCGUUGUGGCGACCACGACUGAGGAGCCCACCAGCAGCAGCACCACCACGGCUGCAAGCACGGCUGCGAGCACUACCACGUCCGAGCACCACGAACAUCAUGUGGUGACGAACUCCACGACGGAAGAAGUGGAGACGACGGCAGGGCCAAGCACACGGGGGCCAGCUGCAGUGAUGAAGCUGACGAUGCGGGUGGAGGUCCGGGACACGGAGGAUUACCGGGAGUACUUCGAGGACCCCCUCAUCCGUCAGGCCUACAUCAACGUGAUGUCGGAAGUGUCCACCGUGCCGAAGGAGCAGCUGCAGGUUGAAAUGUCCAGUGAAGAGUUGGGCUACAUCAUGGUCACCUACAUCAUGACCAUCCCAUACAGCGACGGCGAACCCAGUUUGCCCAUGGCUGAAAUCCAAGAGAAGCUCAGCUCCAUCGACAUGCCGACCUUCAAUGAAUUGUUGGACAAAGAGAUUAGUGAAGUCGCGGGCGAGGGGAAGUACCAGCAGAAGGUGGUGAGCGUCAAUGUGGCAGAUGUGCCCGUGAAUGCCGCAUUUCAACACCAUGUGCCCAAAGCAGUCUUAAGCACCAAGAACCGGGCAAGCGACGAAGAGCUGGAGGUCAGCAGGAGCUUCCCAGUCUCCAAGGACUCCAUAGAGGACGGACCGAAGAUCCGCCAAGCAUUCCAAGCGCUUCGAGCUGAACAGCUGGCGCUUGACGCCAGGGCGCAAUCGGAAGUUUGUGACGGCCAAGGGCUGGCCUUCCACAUGCAAGGAUGCUCUUGA